AUGGCUUCCUCCAAUCCUCGUCGUAGGACUCCGGCUACUCGUUCCGGUGAAGCUGGCGACGCCUCUCUUAAGACUUCCAUGGCUCUUCGCAAAGGUGCCACCUUCCACUCUCCAUCAUCAUCAACGUCGUCGUCGCUUGACGAUCUCGACUUCACACCUCCACGUCUCUCCCGAUCCCAGAGCCACAUGGACGACGUCGUCGACGCUAAUCGUCGCCGUAUCGCACUGGCCUUGAACGAGUUUGACGAAGCCCUUUCCACUAAGACCGAAGGCCUUUCCCUCUCUUCAAAGCAGGACACCGAUGCUCUACGAGACACCAGCCUCCCCGUACCUCGUGGCUUCCUUGAGUUGCCCCUUAUCGACCCGAAAUCGAUGGCCAAGGAACAAGAGAAGCGAACACUCCGUCCUCGAUCGACCCGAAGGACACACCGCCACGCCUCUGACAGCGGCCUGGGUUCUUCGCUGGCCUCUUCCAGCGACACCCUCGCUGACAAGAGGGGCAGCCCUCAAACAACCGCUACUGCCAUCACUCGUUCAGUAGCCGCUCCCAGUAUGGAGAAUCUUCCUUCGCUCGGCCCCAAGGCCGUGCACCGCAUUCACGAACACCUUCUUGGACCUCUCCUGGAGAAGCCCACCCUUAAAGGCUUCAAGCCUAUCGUGCUUGAUGUACCCCGUCGUAUCCGAUCGAAAGAGAUCAUCUGCCUCCGCGAUGUGGAGAAGACCCUGCUAUUCAUGGCACCGGAGAAGGCCAAGACACCCGCCUUGUAUCUGGACUUCUGCCUCACGUCGAUUCGAUGCAUCCAAGCGACUGUCGAGUACCUCACCGACCGAGAACAAAUCCGACCCGGUGAUCGACCUUACACUAACGGCUACUUUAUCGACCUGAAGGAACAAAUUUAUCAAUACGGCAGGGAACUUGCUGCCUACAAGAACGGAGAGCUAAGUGAUUCUAUGGAUCUUGACCAAUCUGAUGAGAUUCGUCUCAUUGGAGGUAUCUCCGAGAAUGGCAGACCCGCGGAGCUUGUCCGCAUUAAGAAAGACGGCACUGCCAUCUCUAUGGCCACUGGUAAGCCUGUUGUGUUGCAUGACGGUCCCGUCCAGGUGAAGCGCUCCCUCAGCGAGGUGAGAGAAGACGAGGAAGAGAUUAUGCGAUCAAUGGCACGCCGCAAGAAGAAUGCAUCCCCCGAGGAGUUGGCACCAAAGAGAUGCCGUGAGCCUGGAUGCAACAAGCAGUUUAAGCGCCCUUGUGAUUUGACCAAGCAUGAAAAGACCCAUUCUCGUCCUUGGAAGUGCCCGAUGGAGAAUUGCAAGUAUCACGAGUUCGGCUGGCCAACUGAGAAGGAAAUGGAUCGCCAUAUCAACGACAAGCACUCCGAUGCUCCUGCUAUGUUCGAGUGCCGGUUCAAGCCUUGCCCGUACAAGUCGAAGCGUGAGUCGAACUGCAAGCAGCACAUGGAGAAGGCCCACGGCUGGAAGUACAUUCGCACCAAGACGAAUGGAUCCAAGAAGCCUUCCACGAAGCCUGCCAGCUCAGUCCAGCAGGCCAGCUCGGUCCAGCAAACCCCACCGCUGGGCAAUGCGUCCACGCCAUCUGAUGCGUACAGCGUCGCUACCCCACCUCAGGAUGGUAUUCCUGCUUCCUCUGGCGACUUUCCUCUGUACCCGGCAGACGCCGACUGGCUAGCCACUUAUGGCUUGCAGCCAGAGACCCUGGACACAAUGGACUUGUCCAUGGAGAAUCUCUCGCCAUCUUCAGCUGGCUCAUACGAGAACUUCCCUCCGUACCAGAAUGGCUCUCAAUUUAUUACGGAUGAAGAUAUCUAUGCGGCCACGGCUCAGAUGCCAAAUCACAUGCCCAACCCUGCUGACUUGAUGAUGUACGGCAAGAUGGCUCAGGCCCCUCUACCCUUCGAGCACACCCAACAUCAGCAGCUUCUCGCUGGCAUGCCAACCUAUCACACCCCACAGCAGCAGUUCCAGCCUCCGCAAAACAAUACGUCGCAAUUCUCUCCAAACGCACAGCAGAAUGCUAUGCUGUAUACUCCGUUGUCAAUGGAUGAGGAUGAGGGCCAUACGGAUAGCUUCCAGGAUGAGAAUGCGGACUUCCAGCUGUUCGAUUCGACCAUGCAAAAGUCGGGCACGGUACAGCCAUUAUUCGGCGAGAUCCCAAGUGCCGACAUGGGUUUCUCCCAAAACUCUCAAGACAUUUUCCAGCAAAUCGACCUGUCUCAACUGGAAUACCCAUCAUUCCAGGAAUAA